GAGCCCCAGUCAAGCGCCAGCGACCGAGCAGGCAGGCUGACCAGGCACAGACGCGGUGGUGGGAGCUCUUCACCAGCCACCUCGGCCCUCGCAGCCAGCCAGCCCUGACGCGGGGCAGCCACAGGAGCCCUGGCUGUGGCUGGAGGGCAGUGGGCCAUGCCAGGGGCAGUGGAAGGCCCCAGGUGGAAACAGGCAGAAGACAUUAGGGAUAUUUAUGACUUCCGAGAUGUUCUGGGCACGGGUGCCUUCUCAGAGGUAAUCCUGGCAGAGGACAAGAGGACACAGAAGCUGGUGGCCAUCAAAUGCAUUGCCAAGAAGGCCCUGGAGGGCAAAGAGGGCAGCAUGGAGAAUGAGAUCGCCGUCUUGCACAAGAUUAAGCACCCCAACAUUGUAGCCCUGGAUGACAUCUAUGAGAGUGGGGGCCACCUCUACCUCAUCAUGCAGCUGGUUUCAGGAGGGGAGCUCUUUGACCGCAUCGUGGAGAAAGGAUUCUACACAGAACGGGAUGCCAGCCGCCUCAUUUUCCAGGUGUUGGACGCUGUCAAGUACCUGCAUGACCUGGGCAUCGUGCAUCGGGAUCUCAAGCCAGAGAACCUGCUGUACUACAGCCUGGAUGAAGACUCCAAAAUCAUGAUCUCCGACUUUGGCCUCUCUAAGAUGGAGGACCCAGGCAGUGUGCUCUCCACAGCCUGUGGGACUCCAGGAUACGUGGCCCCCGAGGUCCUGGCCCAGAAGCCCUACAGCAAGGCGGUGGACUGCUGGUCCAUAGGGGUCAUUGCCUAUAUCCUGCUCUGUGGCUACCCACCCUUCUAUGAUGAAAAUGAUGCCAAACUAUUUGAACAGAUUUUGAAGGCCGAGUAUGAGUUUGACUCUCCUUACUGGGAUGACAUCUCUGACUCUGCCAAAGACUUCAUACGGCACUUGAUGGAGAAAGACCCAGAGAAGAGGUUCACCUGUGAGCAGGCCUUGCAGCACCCAUGGAUUGCAGGAGAUACAGCUCUGGAUAAGAAUAUCCACCAGUCAGUGAGCGAGCAGAUCAAGAAGAACUUUGCCAAGAGCAAGUGGAAGCAAGCUUUCAAUGCCACAGCUGUGGUCCGGCACAUGAGGAAGCUUCAGCUGGGCACCAGCCAGGAGGGGCAAGGACAGCCAGCCAGCCAUGGGGAGCUGCUGACACCGACAGCUGGGGGGCCAGCAGCUGGCUGUUGCUGCCGAGACUGCUGUGUGGAGCCAGGCUCGGAACUGCCCCCUGCACCACCCCGGAGCUCCAGGGCCAUGGACUGAACACGGAAGUCAGAGUUUCUUUCAUGGGAGGGGUUGGGGGCAGCCUGCCUCCUCCUCACCCCAGAACUGGGGAGUUUCUUACCCCAAACCUCCUCACCCUUCCCUCUCACUCUUCACUGCAUUUUCCAUACAAAUGUUUCUAUUUUAUUGUUCUUCUUGUAAUAAAGGGAAGAUAAAACAA